ACCGCGCUCGAUCAUAGCGACGGCUCGGCGCCAGUGCGUGUGUGUUUUCAGAGCUGGUUCCCCGAAGCAUUCAACAUUACGUCCAAGGAAGGCAGCUCGUGGGAUGUAGCACUGAAUCAGGCCGCUGUAGAGGCCUUGUAUUCAGCUGCUUACAUCGAAGACUACCUCGACUGCGUGGAAAAUCUACCCGAUGAUGUACAGAGAAACCUCAGCCAGCUCAGGGAGCUGGACGUCAAGUACCAAGAAGUGCUGGCGGAGCUGGAGCAGCAGAAAGGCUUGCUGGGCAGGCGCGACCUGGAUGUGGGGCGCAAAAAGGUGAUGCUACAGAUCCAGCACUCGCUCAUCAAGUCCCAGGAGCUCGGUGAUGACAAGCUGCAGUUGCUGCAGCAGAUCCAGGACCUGAUCGAGAACAAGGUGCGCCAGCUCGACCAGGACUAUCGCAACCUUGACCAUGAACCCGAGACGCGAGAGGCCAAGCGGUCACGCCGCCAGCGAGGUCACGACGACGAGCAGACGCCUGCGCCGCACCCCACGUGUGGCCGGCGGCAGCCAAAGAAGAAGCGGCGGCGAGGAGCCUCGAACUCGGGUGGCCACCAGCAAGGGCAUCAACAAGCACACCAGCAGGGUCACCAACAGAGGGGCGGCGGCGGCGUGCCGUCGCCUGCCGAGCCGCCUAUCGAUCCCGACGAGCCCACAUACUGCCUCUGCGAGCAGGUCUCCUUCGGAGAAAUGAUCUGCUGUGACAAUGAGGAGUGCAGUAUUGAAUGGUUCCACUUCUCAUGUGUCAUGCUCACCACAAAGCCCAAGGGCCGGUGGUACUGCCCCCGGUGUCGGGGCGACCGCAGCAACCAGAUGAAGCCCAAGGGAAGCUAGCCACCCGCCCCCGUUCUGCUGCACAAGUGCGACAAAGUCAAUUUACUGAUGGCACUCAAUAAAUGUACCUCUGAUUUCGUCUG